AUGGUGAUCCAACAGGUGGGCAGCAGGGGGCGAGUGGCGGCCGAGCUGUUUGAAAGGAGAAGGGGCACUCGCUGUGAGGACAAGAAACAGACGCUGUUGGCAUUGCUGAUCUUGGUGCUGUACGUGGGCACAGGAAUAUCAGGAAGAAGUUGGGAAGUGUCAGAAAGGAUCAGAGAAUGUAACUAUCCCCAGAAUCCUGUGGCUUCCCAGGGAUUUGAAUACCAGACCAAUGAACCCGCAGAAGAGCCAAUAAAGGUCAUCAGGACCUGGUUGAAGGAAAACUUGCAUGUUUUCUUGGAGAAGCUAGAGAAAGAGGUGCGAGAGCUGGAGCAGCUGGUCCAGGACCUGGAGGAGUGGUUAGAUGCUCUUCUGGGAGAGGGGCACCCGGAGGAUCCCUGCUCCAACUUCAAAAUUCACCUGUGA